ACCACAGCUUGGUUAUAUGCAAGUUUUAUUAAGUCUUCUAAAUGAUGAACCUAAAUUGGAUAAUAGAGCUGUGCGCAGUUUUUCUUUCUGCAGAAUGUGUCCAGUCAAAUGAUCCACUAAUAAACGUAAGACCGCUGUGUAGAUCCCACUUAGAAGUUACUUGCAAUGCGAGUAGUGGACUAUACGGAAUGUGGACAUUUUAUAGAAGUCGCACUGGUUUUGAAAACAUGGAAAACAUGGGAAAGGUGGUUGAUAAUGAACGAGAAUGCCAAGUCACUAUCCUAAAAACUACACAGUCAACGCAGUGUAUUUGCAUCGACGCCAAUCAUGUCAUGUGCAAUAUAUUCGAUAAUAUGAUUGCUAAACCAGGUGACAGAUGGCAAUGUGCUAGACAUGUUAAUGGAUCUUCACUUGUAAGCAUGUCCGAUAUAAUACCCAUUGAAGAAAUCAUCGAUUGUACAACGACAACCAAUCUAGACAAUGUGACACAUGAAGCAGAGAGUUUAUCUUCAAUGUUAACACGUGUUUACACUGACUCAGUAGCAGUCAUAUUACCAGCGAAAGCGCACACUACACAAUUUGGAGCAGAAAUGUCAAUUUCCACAACACUGAAGUUCAACGCAACUAGUGAAAGCAGAGAAUCGGACGAUGUACACGUUAAUCCACUUUUGAACAGAGAUUUUAUCAUUAUCAUGACAGCUGCGGGUGUGACGGUGUUUAUUGCAACGAAUGUAUCGUUCUGUGUAUAUUGGAAAUUCAAGACACAGUCAAGAGAAAUAAAUCGAUAUGUUUGGAACGAUACGAAUUCUUCCCGUUACAAUACCGAGACUAUGCCCAACAGUUCGGAUAUACAUCAGGACGAGAACACAGAAGUAAAUUACCAUGAAAUAUCCGAAAUACAUACACAACUUGCUGGUGUGUCCACACUAUUGCAAACAAUGAACACACUCAGCGCCCAUCAUGAAAAUACGUUCGUUGAUAUCGACGAAAGUUCUCAACAAAGUUCAGCAAUUAUACAGGUCACACGUGAAGCGGGGACUGAUAUACAAAUGCCUGAGACUAUGAACCCUCCAAGAGCAACGCAUCUACCGAUGUCAUUUGUCGCAUUGGCCGAAAUUAAUAUGGAUGAUGGUGAGUAG